ACAACAGGAAGUAUCAGAGGCUAGGCAAUUACGUUGUCGGUGUAUGGCCAGGGCACUGUGAAAAUGUACCGUACUGUACUCUCUGUAAAUCAGUUUGUUUGAAGAGACGCGGUUCCCCUUCUGCCAGCGCUCAUGGACGACGCCCAGGAACAACACCCCCCCAUCAGGAACAAAUAAAUCGGGCGGGCGAGCCUGUUCGCUCCGUUCAUCUCGGUGGACAGCUCACCUAUGAUGGAACGGGCGAUGGAGCAGCUCAACGUACAGCUCAGUCGGCUGACCCGUUCCCUUCGCCGGGCCAGGACCGUAGAACUCCCAGACGACAAUGAGACUGCUGUGUACACACUUAUGCCAAUGGUCAUGGCUGACCAGCACAGGUCAGUGUCAGAGUUGCUGCUCAACUCAAAGUUUGAUGUGAACUACGCCUUUGGACGAGUCAAGAGAAGUCUGCUACACAUCGCUGCCAACUGUGGGUCAGUGGAGUGUCUGGUUCUGCUGCUGAAGAGAGGAGCCAACCCAAACUACCAGGACAUCUCAGGCUGUACCCCUCUGCACCUCGCUGCUAGGAAUGGGCAGAAGAAGUGUAUGGGCAAACUACUGGAAUACAAUGCUGAUGUCAACAUCUGUAACAAUGAGGGACUGACCGCUAUCCAUUGGUUGGCAGUGAAUGGGAGGACGGAGCUCCUUCACGACCUGGUCCAGCACGUGUCCAACGUGGAUGUGGAGGAUGCCAUGGGGCAGACAGCUCUACAUGUAGCCUGUCAGAACGGACACAAAACUACGGUGUUGUGUCUCUUGGACAGCGGAGCUGACAUCAACCGGCCGAACAUCUCUGGAGCCACGCCUCUUUACUUUGCCUGCAGCCAUGGCCAAAGAGACACAGCGCAGAUCCUGCUCUCUCGUGGUGCCAAAUACCUCGCUGACAAGAAUGGAAUCACUCCUCUGGAUCUUUGUGUGCAGGGAGGAUAUGGGGAGACCUGUGAGAUCCUCAUCCAGCACCACAGCAGACUUUUCCAGACCCUCAUCCAGAUGACACAAAAUGAUGAAAUGAAAGAGAACAUGCUCAGGCAGGUUCUGGAGCAUGUCUCUCAGCAGAGAGACAGUCAUUACCAGAGGAUCUUGACCAGUCUUGCUGAAGUAGCUACCACCAAUGGACACAAGCUUCUCAGCCUGUCCAGCAGUUAUGAAGCUCAGAUGAAGAGUCUGCUGAGAAUCGUUCGUAUUUUCUGCCAUGUGUUUCGCCUGGGGCCUUCUUCACCCAACAAUGGCAACGACAUGGGCUACAAUGGCAACAAGACGCCUCGCAGCCAGGUCUUUAAGAUGUGUGCGAGACAGAUGGCUGUGGAGACGGUACAAAAAGAUGAAUGUUCCUGGACAGGUUCUGCUGUCUUUGAUCCAAUGGAGCUGCUGUGGCACUCCCUGGACGAGUGGCUGGUGCUUAUCUCCACAGAGCUGGACAGGAACCGGAAGAACCCUUCUUCCCCCUCCUCCAGCAGCAGCGAAAUAGCCUCUCUGCUUCUCAAACAGCGGGAGGUCGACCACUCCGGCUCCACACCGAAGCUGCCCUCCUUGCUGGACGCUCAGACCGCCAUGGAAACAGAGGUGUACGCCGACGGGGAGGACGUCAUCUCCAUGACGGCCAGUCGGCUCAGUGCUGUGAUCCAGGCCUUCUAUAUGUGCUGCUCCUGUCAGAUGCCACAAGGAAUGACGUCCCCUCGCUUUAUUGAGUUUGUCUGCAAGCAUGACGAGGUGCUCAAGUGUUUUGUAACCAGAAAUCCAAAGAUCAUCUUUAACCACUUUCAUUUCCUCCUGGAGUGUCCAGAGUUGAUGUCACGCUUCAUGCACAUUAUUAAAGGCCAGCCCUUCAAAGAUCGCUGCGAGUGGUUCUAUGAGCAUCUGCUGGCCGGCCAGCCGGACUCAGACAUGGUUCAUCGUCCGGUCAACGAGAACGACAUCCUGCUCAUCCACAGAGAUUCCAUAUUCAGGAGUAGCUGUGAGAUGGUUUCCAAGUCCACCAAUGAGAAACUCAAACAGGGCAUCGCUGUUCGCUUCCAUGGCGAGGAGGGGAUGGGCCAGGGUGUGGUUCGGGAGUGGUUUGACAUCCUAUCCAAUGAGAUCAUCAACCCAGACUAUGCUCUGUUCACUCAGUCAGCUGAUGGUACCACUUUUCAGCCGAACAGUAACUCCUCGGUGAACCCAGACCACCUGAACUACUUCCAGUUCGCAGGUCAGAUCCUGGGUCUGGCUCUGUACCACCGACAGCUGGUCAACAUCUAUUUCACCCGCUCCUUCUACAAACACAUUCUGGGUAUCCCAGUGAACUACCAGGACGUGUCGUCCAUCGAUCCAGAGUAUGCCAAGAACCUGCAGUGGAUCCUGGACAACGACAUCAGCGAUCUGGGUCUGGAGCUCACCUUCUCUGUAGAGACGGACGUGUUCGGGGCGAUGGAGGAAAUGCCGCUCAAACCCGGAGGGACCAGCAUCCUGGUCACCCAGGACAACAAGGCCGAGUACGUCCAGCUGGUGACGGAGCUGAGGAUGACGCGAGCCAUCCAGCCUCAGAUAAAUGCCUUCCUGCAAGGAUUCCACACCUUCAUCCCCCCCUCGCUCAUCCAGCUUUUCGACGAAUACGAAUUGGAGCUCCUGCUGUCAGGAAUGCCAGAGAUCGAUGUGCAAGAUUGGUACAGGAACACGGAGUACACCAGUGGCUACGACCCUCAGGAGCCAGUCGUCCAGUGGUUCUGGAAGGUGGUGAACAGCCUGACCCAGGAGGAACGGGUUCUUCUGCUUCAGUUUGUCACUGGAAGUUCCAGGGUUCCGCAUGGUGGCUUCGCCUACCUGAUGGGUGGCAGUGGUUUACAGAAGUUCACCGUUGCUGCAGUGCCAUACACCUCUAACCUACUGCCUACCUCGAGUACCUGUAUCAACAUGCUAAAACUCCCAGAAUACCCGAGCCAAGAGGUCCUGAGAGACCGGCUGCUGGUCGCGCUGCAUUGUGGGAGCUACGGUUACACCAUGGCGUGAACACCCUAUCAGUUCCUGCUGCGGGGAGGUUCUGCAGACUCCUGCAUCACUCCCUCCUCCUCCACAGACACUCUUUUUUUUGUAGUCAGGCGCUGCUUUUGCUGGACAAAAAAAAAAAAAAGAGAAGGAAAUCCAGAUUCUUAUUAAUGAGCUGCUGGCGAGGCACAACAGACUGAAUAGAGACCCCACUUUCUGGAUCUCUUCCUGUGCCAGAACUUCUAUUUUUUUUUAUGGAUACUGGUGUCUGGUCAUUUAUGCAAAUAAUUUAAUAUAUUCUAAAUUUGACUAUUUUCAUGCAUUUAUUUAAGAAGAAAAAAACAGCAUUUAUACCAUGAAUUCUCUACGUAAAACAGCAUCAUAAUAAUCACCAUACAACUUAUUGAUGCAUGCUUACUGAAUGCCAAAUAUGGAUUAUGUCCGUUGCAGAAUUGAUCAGUUUCAAACAUCAAUCAGACUGCAUUGUAUCUACUGUAUGUCCCAGCUUCACAGUGCAUAUUCCUUCAUAGAAAACUGGUAUAAUAGAACAAAUGUACAUUUUCUUCACAUUAUCUUCAGUUUCUGAGUCACCAGACCAGAACAGAGCCAUACUGAGCGAUACAGAGAGAGUUUUGUGUUAUCCAAUCUGUCCGUUGAUACCAGGUGCGGAGCAUCGGCGUAGGCCCGCGCGGGCGCUGCAGCGAUCAUUACACCGUCUCCUCUUUUUCUCGCGCGAGACUUUACUUUAUAAAAUUUCGGGGGAAAAAAGCCAGGUUUAUGUGAUUUUGGCUGUCUUGGCUUCUCACAGCAAAACAUAUGAUCAGGCACACGGAGAGAGACCAACAGACGCACACACAGGCUAAAACGACUACAGUUUCCCCCACUCAGCCUGUCUCUUUCUAUCAGAGCGAGAGCAGAGAGGAGAAAGAUGGCUUAAUGACCGCUUAGAAACAUAGAAAUAAGGGUCCGGUGUGAAUGGCCAGGCGCGGGAUCAGGUACGUAUCUAUGCUACGCAACACUCACGCGCCCGGUGUGUUCCAGCUGUCGGUCGGCUUUCCAGGACAUGCCAAAGGUUUUGGUGGGUGGGUUCUGUGCAGGCCGGUCAAGUUCUUCAUCAUGAAACCAUUUAUUUCUGGAGCUGGCUCUGUGCAUGUCGAACGAGGAACGGGCCAAACACAAACUGUUGACACCAAAUCGGGAAGAUUUCUGUUGUGUAUCAUUGUAUUAACCUUUUAAAAUCAUUGGAACAAAGAAGAAACAGAGCCAGACCAAUAGUACAUUACAGUAUGUAGACGGGAGUGUUUGCAUACUUUUGUAUGUAAAUCUGCAAAUAAUGAUUAUGUUCAAUAUUAUUAUUUUUAUAAUUAUUAUUGAUAAUAUUUAAAUUUGGCUACUACCGACUAGAAUGUUCGUCCUGUGUGUGGUGAAGGGUUAACAAAAGAAUUUAGACCAUGUGUUGAGUUGCUGUAAUGACAUUAAAAGAAAAGAAAAAAAAAUACAAAAUAAUGCCCACUGGCAAAUAGCAAUACAGUGGGUGCUAUUAUUGCAGGACAAAAGUUAGAAGAAAAAAAAAAGAGAAAUUAUUUUUUAGUUUUUUUACCACAAAAGAUACACAUAUUACAAUGAUCGCCAGAGAUAAACAUUUAUUGAUUUAUUUUCUGUUUUAAUGUGAUUUGGAGUUUGAUGUAUCUAAGACUGGACUUAUCCAGCUGGGAUAGGACAUUUGUUUGUAAAUGUAACUCAUGUUGUAGGUAUUGGACGUACCGUAUAGCUCAGGUGUUUACCAUUUGUCUCCAUACCUGCAUGAACACUCCAUCCUGUGGCAGAAAACGCUCGUCGGCUAGGUGAAGGUCUGUUUCAGUUUGGAAGUGAGCAUUUUGCUGUCAUCUGUAUUUGUGCUUAAUAAUGAAAACCAAUCCUUCUGUUUGUAGUUGUCCCUGUUUAGUUUCACAGGGAACCAUUCAAUAUAUCUACAUGAUAAAUGUUUGGCUUGCAUUGCCGUCAAAUAAAAGCUGAAAUCAUUUUAAAUCUUUAGUUUGUAUUGUACACAAACAUGCUGAACAUGUGUUUUUUUUAUUCUGAGAGCGAUGGGGAUCAUGCUAUGAAGUUUUUCUUAUUUCCAUUUGUAAAGGGGAGUGUACAUGUUGAUUUAAGAUUUCAUAUUAUCAAUGAGUAUUGUUUUGAAGGCCUUGCCUGAAAUGCUUUUGUAAACUGCUGUUAAUGUUUAUUGAAAAUGGAGCGUUUAUAAAUAUUUCUGUAAAGUCUUCAGUAUCAAAUGAUGUAUUUUACCAUACAUAUAUGUUGUGGUUUGAAAUUUUAAACCAAUAAAACUUGUUUUUGACAAUCCA